UUUCUGUUUUUAUUUUUUUUGGGUUCUGUGACACCAUGAGUGCUGAGUCUUAGUGCGCGAGUUCCUAUACGAUGAGACCACUGCGAGAGAAAAGAAAAUGAGGUGAAAUUAUUUACAAGCUUACAGUAAAAGAGAAGGUGGCAAAAGCAAGACCUGCAAAUGGAGAAAUCUGGCGAAGCAAAGGGCCCGAAUGCUGGUCUUCAACCUGGACCGAGGCAGAUGGGGCGCUGGAAUCCAGACCAGUGGCAGCCUGCCCAGGGCACCGGCCCCAGCACCUUCCUGGGCAGCUAUCAGCGGGCACGGAUCGAGGGUCGCCGAGGACGCACUUACUGGGAAUGGAAGGCCGCCGAAAUGUUGAAGGCAGCAUCAGGAGAAGAAGGAGACGACGAGAGGACGAGUCUGGAAAGCGGAUCUUUGACUGAAAGACAAGGCACGCAAGACCAGAAGACGCUGAUGACUGCUACAACGCAGACUGAAGAUACAGGAAAACAUUUUCUACCUCACGUUGGUGAGAGGAAUAUUCAUCAUGCCAGGGAGGGUCGUAAAGAGGCUGCAGAUUCAGUGGCCAGAGAUGCAGCAUCGAGGGGGGCGAGCGACGCGGCAAACGAGGGUGGCCUUUACUCCGGUGGUCCCGCCAGUCAAGAUCGAACCGUUGCUGCAGCUGGAGGGGUGCGCGUGCUGCCGCCGUUCGCUCCACCGCAGUCAUAUAAUGAACUUAGUCUGAGGCUUCCGCUUCGACCAUUAGUUCAUGAACAGAAUCAAGUAGCUGAGCAACAAUUAUACUUGCAGUCGAGUGUCUGUGAUGCCAGUGUAGGUGGUGGUCAGCGCAUUGCCAAGGUCAAAGUUACGUCUUACGUUCAGCCUAAAUACAAUACUCCGCCGACCUCAGUGUUGCCGUCUGCGCCAACGAAGGAUGAAAUUUACAAUGAACCUUUGAAUUCUCGCGAUCUUAGAUCUCAGCCCAUAGGCGAGGAAUCAGAGACGCCAUAUGAUUUAAAAGAGCCUCCUGCUUGGACUCGUCAAGAUUCUUCUUCUCCUAGUCUUUCCGGUAUCUUAAAACGACCUUCGAAACAGAAAAGUGAAGAGGGGAAACCUCAGAGUUCUCCAAAAAUAAAAUUUAAAAACGAAGUGGAGGAAAAUGAUAGCAGGGAAAAAUUUGAUUUAGGGGAAAAGCCGCCCAUACCAGGGAAAAGUAGCACAAGUAGUUCAUCUAAUGCGUCUCCAAACGUUUCUAACUUGAAUCAGCAUCAGUUAACAGAACACGUAUUCAGUAAAAGUCGUGACACCAAAACCAGUCCGUUCUCUGGCCAGGGAGUCUUCAGAAAUCAGAGUUCGUUUGGAGCUCCUUCACAGCAUACCAGCUUCCCGAGAACGUCAAGUGACGCCGUCGUACGUCGCCCAAAGGACAGUACACGUUCCCGACGCGGUGUUGAACGAGAAAGCGGAGCACUUGUUUGGGUUUGCCAGCCAGGCGGAGGGGCAAAGCUCGACUGGGUACCGACACCAAACCUGUCAACUUUAAGGAGCCAGGCUCAAACGCCAGGUGCUCUCAUUACGCGCCAGGGUAGCUACGUAGAUAGGGGCAUCCGCCCCCCAGACGAAGGGGGCGGUAGACAUAGCAUUGAGCGCAUGCAGUCGUCAAGAAUAUCAGGCAGCGUGGCGUCCGGACCUGCGACCACAUGUUCCCCACCUAUCCUCAAACACACCCAAAGUGGCGAGUCAAAAAACGUGCAUAGAUCUGCCCCAGGCAAUGCCAGACCUGAGGGCAGAUCUAAAUCUGGCGAGGCCGAUGACUGCGUUGUUGCCGUUCCAGGCAAGGCGUCUGGACAGAUAGUGAGAAUAAGAGUGAGGCCGGAGGUUCACGCUUACUUGGCGGGACUUCCUGUGACGUCUUCGCCUGACUUGGGCGAGAGACGUGACAGCGUCCGUAGUCUUCACAGUACUCACAGCAGCUCGGCCUCGGCCCUAACUGGCUGUUCGGAAAGUGGAGGAGAAGGAUCUGCAGGAUACCAUGAGCAGGAAUACGCUGCCGUCGUCGACGAGUACACGCUCCUGCAGAAGGCGGUCGUAGACCACGAUCCUGAGGCCCUGAGGCUACUUUCGGCCGCAGAAGCAGCAUUGGAUCCUGGUCACAGAGUCAUCAUUGCUGCAGAGGGCCGCGAGUAUCCAUAUCUGCGGGAGAUGCGCGAGCGUCUGCUAAGCAGCGACGAUCCUCCGCCCCUUGCCGUCAUGGAUGAGCACCACAACCACCCUGAGGCGCGUCUGCUGCAGUGCCAGCAGCAGCACACGCCUGUUGGCACUGUCGUCAAGCUGAACGCGGACGGCUACGGCUCUCACACGUCUCCCACACACCGCGUAGAGUCCUGCUACACCAGCACCCUGGAGCGCCGCCGCGGCCCUGUUGCCGUCAACGUCUUCGGCGGCCUCGCCAAGAACGCUAAGACGUCGUCGUUCAUCACGUUGUCGAUGCUGUACGCGACUCUGCUGAUCGUCGUGUGCCUGGGCUUCUUGCUCUCUGAAGUUCUCACUCACAAUGUUCCUCUUUACUACUACGAGGCGUUUUUCACGUACCUGUAUGGAGGCAGCAUUCUGUUCCUGUUGUACGUGUUCUGCUACCUUCUCACCGGCUCUGGAGGACCUCCAAAACCUAAAAAUUCUCAGGGCCCUCACUCCGGCCAAUACAAUGUGCCCGACUAUGAUGAGUAUUAUUCAAACGAGGAGGGUGCAUCGUCCUCCCAGAAGCGUAAAGGCGAGGAGGCUCCAGGUGAUGAAACGUCCCCUACCACUGAGAAGCUCACCGGCCCCGCGACGCCACCAAAACCGCGCAAACAUAAAAUUUCCGACAACGAACACAGCCACGGAUCGUUUUUCCUGCGCAUCGGGGCUAUUGCUUUUGGUCUUGGCACGAUGAUAUACAAUGGCCUGGAGUUCGGCGUGUUCCUGGAAAUCCCUCUGAGCUCUCCCUGCCACAUGAUCUUGAGAGGCGUCAACCCUAUCGCUCAACUCGUCUUCACAUUCAUGCAAAUGUACUUCAUCUUCAUGAACGCUCGACUGAACAUCCACAAGUUCAAGGUGAUCGCUCGCUUUGGCCUGAUGCACAUGGUAGCGACGAACGUGUGUGUCUGGAUCAGAACGCUGGUGCGCGAGAGUCUCAAGGAGAUCAACGAGUUUAAAGUGUCUCAAGGUAGCAGCGGCGAAGACUACAUGAUUAUGGAGGGCAUCCGACGCGCCCUCGAGAGGAACGGGCUACUCGCCCCCAACCGAUACCUCUACAACCUUGACGAGUUCAUCGAAAUGCAGGAGAUUAAUGAUACAAUGGUUGCUGCGAGCCGACGUCUCACCCAAGAAGACAUCAUGAACCGAAGCUGCGGGCGCGUCGAGAUCAUGGGCAGCAUUGUCUCAGAUUCCGCUCCUUACCUCUACCCCUUCAUCAUCGAAUACUCCCUCAUCGCAGCCUGUGUCCUCUUCAUCAUGUGGAAGCACAUUGGACGUAGCCCCAAGUACAUGCGCUACUCUGCAGUCCCAGAUGAGUACGUGUUCGACCCUGAGCUCGGUGACGGCAUUUCGGUCGCGUCGCGGCGCUGCCAAGUGAAGGUUGACUGCAUCGGGGCGAGCAAGGGUCUCUUCUGCGGCCUGUUGGUGCUCGUGUCCACCCUCAUCUGCCUUAUCCUCUUCUUCGUACUCGUCAACCAGGAAGAUCUGCGGCGCCUCGCCAUCUACCUCGCUGACGUGUCGCACUGCGGCAUCAUGGUCCUCAGCAUCGUCGCUAUCUUCAUUGGAUUCUGCAGAGUUCGCCAGCUUCGCUUCCACGGAGAGCGAGAAGAAGAACUCGACGACAUCCUGCUCAUGGUUUCUGCUUUUGGUCUCUUCGCCUACGCCAUCUUCUCAGCCGUCGCUGGCAGUCUCUCUGCCUACACUGAAGAACCUAACCUUCUCGUGCUAGUCACGUCCAGCCUCUCGAUCUUGCAGGUUAUAAUUCAGAUGGUGUUCAUCAAAGACACCCAGCGACGCCAAGUGCGACUCCCUGAACACGAACGCACUAAGCCUGGUCGACAAAUCAUCACCUUCCUCCUCAUCUGCAACCUUGCCAUGUGGAUUGUCUAUACCUUCGAGACCCAGAAAGUUGAAGCAAAUCCAGUACAGCUUGAGUUCUUCGGCAAGUUGGCCUGGACAAUCCUUUUGCGCUGCACCAUUCCCCUGGCUAUCUUUCAUCGUUUCCACUCGACCGUGGUCCUCGCUGCUAUCUGGAAAAACUCGUACAAGUCGCGUAUCGAAUGAGGACGGUGGUGCGGGGCAUCAGAAUUGGUUCACGAUAAAUUGGCAAGUAACACACGUCACCUUUGCUCCGGUAAGCACUUCCACCACCACCCAAAAUUCCAACACGAUCAUGGCUGCCGAGGAGGAACGACCAUGAUCUGCUCUUCGUGCUCUGCAGUAGCGUCGCAUAACAGCAGCCCGUCACAGCGAUGCUAUUGUUGUCCACAUGGGGGACUUUUUAGAUCAUUGGGCGGUCGUCAAUCUUCCUGCUCCACUCGCAACUCUCGAUGCUGCAGCAACGGCUUAGCGUCUUGUCACAAUAGCAGCCACAUUCUCAUGUGCAGCACACCUGCCAUCACAUGCAAUGGCAUUGCCAUCUCACCCUGUGGCGGCAGUGGCCAAUGCAGUCUCUCUUGCAACGGCCAUCCACUGGUAUACGCAGCGCAUAGUCACUGCAACUCUCGUGGCAACUGCAGCAACUUAAGUAACAUUAACUGCAACUCGAUCGGGUCCAACGUUGGUGCUUCGCGCUGCUGCUCUCACAACUCACACUGCGGUACGCUGAAUUAUUCAGGGAAAAGCAAUUCGAGCAACCCUCGUCAUGUCUCCCUAGCUACUGGCGAUCCCCUGUACGAGUCUCCCCAGAGGACGAGUGACAUGGAACCCAUGCUCAGUACUCCUGGAAGCCCUCCUCCUCCUCCUGCCCUUUUGGACCAACGUUCUGAGCACAAAGUGUCGCUCUUUAGCAUCAUUUAAUUAUAUGGGUGAGAGAUUAGGUUUAAAGCGAGAAAAAUUGAGGAAUUGACGAGCACGUUUGUUUCAAAUAAACGUGAAGCCACUUUUUGGGAUUGGUGCUGUGCAGUGAAGGAUUUUUGCGGUGGUUUGUCAAUGCUUAUCUCAACUGUAGUACGUAAAAUCUUCGAGGCAGAUCUUUGAGAUUUUGUUGUGUGUUAGUUUAGACAUGUGCAGUUUUCUCUCCGUGAAGACUUCUACUGAUACUAAUAUAUAUUUGUAAAUACACCGUGGCCGUGAAUUUUGGGAACGCGAUGACAAGCUUGAGUCAACAAAAGACAUCUUUUCACAGAUUUCAUUAGUUUGAGUCGUUUUUCUUGAAUGUAUAGUCCUCUGAUCAUUAUGUAGAGCCACAUCAACGGUGACAUUGACCCUUUUAUACCCUUAUUUAUAAUUUUCGAUAGAAAGUGUAGGUGGCCUAUACCGCUGGUUCUAGUCUUAUAGAGCACUUACGUCUGAUUUUUCAAGACACUUUUUCUGCUUUAUGGUAGUGGCUUUUUUAUGGUAUUUUCCAGCAGAGUACAAUUUCAUUGUAUGUAUGUACUUCUUAGAUUGAGCAAAUUAUGUAUGCUUCAAAUUGGAAGGUAUACCUACAGCUCGUGGGACGCUGAAUUAUUCAGGGUCGUAAGGAUGAUUCUGCUGUCGGAAAUAUGGUGCGGCGCAUUUAUAUUUCUACUUUUUGUAAUGCUUUCAUCUAAGUUAUAGGAAAUUUGACUGUCAUUUUAUUACUUAUGAGCUAACGAGUAAUCUCAUAACGAUAGCAAAUGUUAUAUAUACAGGCUUAAAAUGUAUUUUGGAACAUUUAGUCGAGCUGCUAUUAAAGUUUACGUUUUUCGUACGGCUGCCCAGCCCAUCCUCAAUUAUUACAGAUCACUAGGCUGCUGUUGUUUCGCACAUUUUUCAGCAUGCAGCGUGGUAACUAUUUUUUGUAUACUUUCCUCCGCAUGUGCUAAACUUGUUCGAAAUCAUCUGUAAAUAUUGUAGAGAAUGUUUCGUCUGUAUUUUUGUGGCAGCGUAUUUUCUGUAAGAAGAAUCGUCAUUUUGGCUUGAAAUGGAAAAUUUCAUUUUUCGUGAUUUCGAAAAUUUCAUUCAUUUCGAGUACGAUUUUCGUGUAGAGGCAUACCACACAUUUUGAAGUUUUAGAAACAUCCUUUUUUGGAAUAAGAGUAUUUUGGUACGUACCGUUAUAAAAUUCAUUUUGCUAGGGAGAUGAAAUUCUCGUUUUCUGCUGGCCAUGAUUAGUUUUUAGUUCAAAGAUGCUAAGAAGCAAACCAAAUUUGAAGUCCCAGUUUGCAGUUUCGUUAGGCCUGACCUCUUUGCGUAUUUUAGUUUGAGGUCUUACUUGAAAAAAGUGCGUUUCUGUCUGGUUUUAUGGAAAGGAAAGAAAUUCUCAGUCCUGUACAUGAAAGAUUACUUUUUCGGUGAUAAUUACAUGGCUGUAUGCAUGUAGUUAGAAUCAACAGCGGAACUGAUUUUGUUGACUGAAGAGGACACAAAUUUUUUGGGAUGAAGGAAUUCAACUUAUUUUUGGAAGGAUUGUUUUCUACGACUAGUUGUAGAAAACAUCAUUGAUUCCUGAAAACAAUGACUCCUUGGACCAUUGAAUCCUGAAACACGACAAUAAUGUACAGACUUGGCAAGCAGUCGCGUUUCUUACUACUCUUCACUGGUGGCAUUUUGUAGACAUAGCUCGUGCUUGUGGAGCAUUGUAAGAUAAUCUAAGAUAUAUAUUUAGUCGAUGCAUUGCAGCUGUCAUACUUUUCUUAUCGUGUAUCCUUUAGCAAAAGCAUCCUGCAACGUCACUGCCAUGAUAACGGAGAAAAGUCUACGUUGGACACUGAACUUGGCUUGCAACAGCAGGGCUUCCCCUGUUGGUCUCAAAUAAAUCUGCUCAAAUUGAUUCCCUUUUCCUUCUAUUACUAAUUUAUCGAAACUCUUCAAAUUUUAAGUUCACAAUCUACUAUCAUUGGCAAUUGAAACAAGACUUUCGUAACCGGUCAGUCGUAUUCAUUUUUAAUUAAUCUAGAUUCGAUUUUUUAAAACAUCGGUUUUCUAAUAACCAUUAGAUUUUGUAAUAAUAUUAAGGCAAUGAAGAUCUCUGUGGUGUUGAAUGUGUCUGUACAAACGACCUGCGUUUUGUCUCCCUCUCAUUGAAUUGACUUGUGUUUUGUCAAAGCAUUAUCGUUAGUGGCUCAUUUAUCUCUUCGCCCAAUCUUAAUCGUAACGACGAACUGUAUCAUGUUUAUUGUAUCAAAAUAAAUGUUCAUAAUGUAAGAA